AUGAAAGCGAGGUCCACAUUACGAAUCAGUACCAACAGGCCAGUCAAGUAUGACAAACAGGUUUCCAGAUUUGUCAAGCUCAUUCGAUUUCUGGCACUGAAAGACCUACAUCAAAUGAUGGAAAAAUCAGAGAAAAAUGGACUUUACGAAACCGUGACGCCAACAUCCCAGCAGCCGACCAAACGGUUCAGUCACAUAUUCAACAAAUACGCCAGCCGUGCCUCAAUGAACGGCGUCAUCUUCAUUCUCAAGUCACAGAACUCGCUGGUGAAAACCGUCUGGGCCGUGCUCCUAGCUGCUGCCAUAGGGGCCACCUUCUUCCACCUGUACUAUUUGUUUUCAAACUUUUUUGAGUAUGAGAAAUAUUCGAAAGUAAAUCUGAGGUUUGAUAACCUGCAGUUCCCUGCAGUCACCCUGUGUAACGUCAACAUGAUGAGAUUCUCUAAGAGACUAGAGGCCUCGGCCCAGGUCCAAAACUUGUUCAUCCGUGACAGUAUAGUGGGCAUGGUACCACACGAAGCCAACCUACCAUGCUAUGAUUCGGGUAUUGACGACAACCAGGAACCGUUACAGUGCAAUAAAAGUCUAUCAGCUGAUCAAAUGGGUGAGCCAGAUUUUUAUGACCGGAAGUUGUUAGAAUGGGUGAAGGAAAGGGACACUGCGCUUUGCCAGUAUUGCAGGUACUGCUGGGAUAGGGGAAUGUUCGAGAACACGUCCAUCUAUGAAAUAGACGACUAUUUUAUGUACGUCUAUAACAAACAGCCAAUGUACUUCAACCUUGUGGUGACGCCCCAGUACGGCAACUGUUACACCCUACAACACCCCGAGUUCGUGGCUAUAAGGAGUGGCCCCGAUAGUGGCUUAGAGAUGAUGCUGUCACUUGAAACAGAUGAAUAUCUAGGGGGAAUAACCUCCGAUUACGGAGCUCGUGUUAUUUUACAUGAGCCGGGUACUGCCCCUUUUCAUGACGAAAACGAUAUAGCUGUGAGUCCAGGGAUGCACACGCAAAUUGGUCUCAGACAGGUGUCUAUAAGCCGAAUAGGAUCACCCUACGACCCUUGUGAUGAUGGGGUUAUGUUCAAAAAGAAAUAUGGUUAUAAUUACUCGAGAAACUACUGUCAGAAACAAUGCGAGCGAGAUCGGAUCAAAGAAAAAUGCAAAUGUUUUGACUUCGAGCUGGACAUGAAUGACGUCAUCAAAGACCACAACAUGGCUAAACUAAAUCAGUGUAGAACAGUAGAAGAACGUUUGUGCUUGUAUGAGGUCCGCUGUCAGCUUGAAAAGAACAAGACAACUUGCAAUUGUAAAAGUCCUUGCAAAGAAAUUAUGUACCAGAAGACAAUCGCAACACUAAAGUGGCCAACAGCAGGCUUUGCGGCCUACAUCAAGCCUGAGAUUUGUAAUUCCAACAACCCACCAAAAAUUUGCAAGCACAAUGUUUCAGUUGUUGACUUCAGUCAGGAACUGGUGAAACUGAGCAUCUACUUUGAAGAUCUGCAUUACGAAGAGCUCACAGACCAGCCCAACUACGCGUUCACAAAUCUGUUGUCGGAUAUUGGAGGAUCCAUUGGAUUGUGGAUUGGUCUGUCAGUUCUCAGCCUGUUUGAGAUCGUUCACCUUUUCCUGGAAAUAUGUCGCUACCUUGUUUGCAGGAAAUGGAAAUAA